AUGUCCACCACCACCCAAGCCCACGUCCUCGUCGUCCCCGUCUCCCUCACCGGACACCUUCGACCUCUUCUCCAGCUGGUCCUCAACCUGCUCCAGGCCAACCCCACCUUGCACGCCUCUCUCCUCGUUGCUCCUUCCGUUGAAGCUCAGGUCCAGCCCAGCCUCGUCCAACUGACCGCCUUCCUCGGGCUCGAGUCUGUCGACCAGCUCAAGGAGGGCUAUAAGGCGGUCGUUAACCGACUCCAGCUGGUCCCGUGUCACACCAAGGGCUUUGAGUCCUCGCCCAGUCUGGACGCGGAUUUCGCCAAGAAGGGAGUCCAGGACUUUACUGAUGCCAUGCCGGGUGUCCUCGGCGCCUUGUACGACAGCUCGAAGAACGUCGAGGGCUUUGAGAACAAGUUUGGUAGCAUCAAGCCUACUUCUGUUAUUUUUGAUUAUCUCAACUUCUUCGUGCCCGAGAUCACCCGCGUCGUCCUCGGUGCCAGCAACAUCACUCCUCCUCCCCUGCUCGCGUUCAUCCCGACCAACUCGAUCGGUGCUUACCACGCCUUGGCGUCCGAGGACAAGGGUGGUGCCUUUGCUCGCCUCGACAGGCUCACCAAAGAAGAGAUCGCCAAAGGCUCCACCCCCAGGGAGGCUUACGAGAAGUACACCAACGUCUUUGAUGGGAAGGUCAUUACUCUUCCCGGUCUCCCGCCCAAAUUCGACUUUGAGUAUCGCCCCCACACUGCCUGUAUUCCCAGCUCGCCUGAGGCUCUUCAGAACAUUACCAAGGCUUGCACCACAGUCCGCGACCCAUCCAUUACUGGUCUGAUCUUGUCCGGUACGGACAUUGGCACAGAGGCUUCGGACGCACUGGCUGCUGAUCUGGGCAACACUCUCUACUUGGUCGGCCCUCAAGCGCCUCCCCAGAUCUGGAGUGGAAAGACCGCUAGUAAGGCAGCUACUCCUGACGACGCCAAAGUUUUCAAGUUCUUGGACGACAUGAAAGCCAAAUACGGUCCCAAGUCUGUUGCUUACAUCAGCUUGGGCUCGCUGUUCUACCCCGUCCUCCGUCCUGAGAUCAUGCGCUUGAUCCUCAAGGGCUUGCGAGAAGCUAACAUCCCGGUCAUCUUUGCCCACUCCUCGGUCCUUGUGCCCGCGCCUGCCGAAUUGAUCAAGGAGUUUGAAGGUGACGAGGAUAUGUGUGUCGUCAAGCAGGCUCCUCAAUUCUCUGUUCUCGCCAACGAGGCUACCAGAUUUAUCAUCACCCACGCUGGAAGCACUUCGGUUUCUGAGGCUAUUCUUACCCAGACGCCCGUGGUCACCCUCCCCUUCUUCUUUGACCAGGCCGAGAUUGCCGCACAGCUCGAACAGGCCGGUGUCGCUAUCGACCUGAAGCAGACCAAGACUUUCAAGAACCCCGCUCACAACAAGCUUCAUGACGGCACCGUUAUCGUCGGCACUGAGCAGGCUAUCAAGGAGGAGCUGGCCUCUGUCAUUCAGAAGUUGACGGGCGCUGAGUAUGGGAAGAUGUUGACCAAGCUGGGCGAGAUCAGGGCUGAAGUGGAGAAGGAAAAGAAUGGAGGGAAGACCAAGGCGGCUAUGGAGGCUCUGGGCAAGAAGCUGAGCGUUUCUGCUUAA